CCCCGAAGGCUCCAGAGUUCUCCGAGUUUGAAGUUCCAGAAUCUUUCAAGGGUGCUCUAGAAUGCCUGGCUGAUAAACUUCUAGAACAUGUAACAGUGUUUCUCACUCACUCCACUGCUAGCCCGGUGUUUCAGAUCUGUAUGCAGGUGUUUCACAGGCAGUGCCCGGAACUCUGCCAGCGGCUGGGGCAAGGCAUGCUGGGAUACUUGACGUCACUCAAUCCGGGCGCAGGCAGCAGCCCCUUGCUGGUGUUCCUGAAGGAUCAGACCUCCAGCCGGCUCCUUGAGAAGAUGGUGGAGCUAUCCCAGAAGCCCCUGUUCCGCUCCCUCUACAAGGAUCACUUCCGGGGUCAGCUGGUGACUUUGGCCUUGCACCCCAUUGCCAACUUCCCAGUGCAGAGACUGCUGGCUGCUGUGCCCAAUCAGAAACUGUUUGUGAAGAUAUUUGACGAGCUGUCAGAAGGUCUGGAAGCCAUCCUGGCUGCAGGUCACAUGGGAGUGAUCGUCCAGUUGGCAGAGAGCUGUGUGAAGCACGGAGAGAGGCAGACAGAACUGCUGCAGUGCCUCCUACAGGCUUUCCACUGUGCUGACCCCCCCUCCAGAAAGCUGUCCUGCGCCCCCCUAUUCCUGACACUGCUGGCUCACGAGGUGUACUACCAGCCUGAGAAGCCAGGGGGCGAUGUGGAGCAGUCGCAGAAGCCUCUGUCCGGAUUGGUCUACCACGGCUCCUGUCUCGUCCAAUCACUGCUGAGGUUCUCUGAUAACUCCGCCCUCCUGCGCAGCCUGCGUUCCCUUCCAGCCUCCGAUCUCCUGAUCCUGGCCAGCGACCAAUCAGGGAGCCACGUCAUGGAGGCUCUGAUGACAUCACUCAGCGAUAAGGGGCGGGACCGUCUCUUCAAGAAACUCAAAGGUCACUAUGUCCAGCUGUCCUGCAGUAAACACGGCAGUCGAGUGCUGGAUAAGCUGUGGAGCGUGGCGGUCCUGGGUUCAAGGCGAGCCAUCGCAGAGGAGCUGGCCUCUCGUGAGUCAGAGUUGCGCGCUGACCAGUUCGGUCACCACGCGGUCCGGAACUUUGCUCUGAGCCACUUCCUGAAGAGGCGGAGAGAGUGGGAGGAGCUGCAGACCGCCCAAUCCAAGAAGAGGAAGAUGUUUGAUGACAUUCUGGAUUGAAGUGACGAGCGCCGCGGACAACAAAAAAAGAACCGCUUUCAGAACAGCGUCUCUACUGCGUGUCAAAAAUAACAACGACAAUAAUAAUACAAAUAUUAAAAAGAGGAAUUCGCAAACGGGGCCUUAUAGAGGAAAAUACAAAAAUUGUAAUACCACUACCAUAGACAUGUGUGACACAGGCUAGAUCAGCCAGUGUCUCUAUAGAAGAGCCAACAGCGCCAUCUAGGGGUCUGCCACUGUGGCUCAAGUUUGUUUUGCUGGCAAUACUCUAGCUGUGCACUAGAUGGCGCUGCUGGCUGUUCUAUAGAGACACUGGCUGAUCUAGCCUGUGUUGCACGUGUCUAUGGCAGUGCAGCUAGAACUGAAGAGCAGCUCCUGAACUCACAGUCAAAGCAACACAGACUGAGCAAAACAAUGUAAUACAGCCCAGCCCAGCGCAUUGCAGUUAAAGAACUACAGCUCCCAGCAUCCCUCGCCAUUGCCGCGGGUGCAGAGGCAUGCUGGGAGCUGUAGUCCUAGCCAGGGCUGGACCGAUUCACAAUACAAUAACUAUGGCAGGGCAGCUAGAACUGAAGAGCAGCUCCUGAACUCACAGUCAAAGCAACACAGACUGAUGAAUGAAAUAUAAAACACAGUGUUUGAGUCGCUGCAGCAGAGAGAAGCGCUCUGAUUGGUAGCAGACCUCACAGACCUCACAUUCAGGGGGUCUGUUCUGUCUUUUUUUUUUCGAUAUCGUAUUUCUGUCCCUACAUCAACACGCCUCUGUACUUGCUUGUGUGUUAAAACGAUAAAUUCAUGCACAAUAUAAUAAAUAGACAUUGACUGUUUGUUUUUAUAAUAAUGAACAUGAACAUUUUUGUUCAACGAUGAUAAAAAAUAAAAACGUAAAGAUAUA